GAUGUCAAAGGGUGGGAAGGGGGCGAUGAGAUGGAGAGGAAUUUUGAGGAAGCUUGUGGACUUAUGAAUGAUGCUGUUUGACUAUAAAUGGUCUCCUAUAAUGAUAUUCAAUGACAUUGUUGUUAGAUGUUCCCAUGGGGGGCCAGUAUGAAAAAUGUAUGCACUCACUAAAACUAAGUCGCUCUGGAUAAGAGUGUCUGCUAAAUGACUAAAAUGUAAAUGUUGAGUAUUUGUUUUUAUCUCGAUGUUAAUCUGUAAUAUUUUAAGAUUUUUUUUAUAUUUUCCUAAAGUGUCUUAUUAACUUGACAUGGAGCUGGACAACAAGGGAGGGGCCCACAUUUUUAACACCCACGUAGCUUCAAAACCCCUAUCAGAGAAGAAGGCCCUGCCUUUCCAACGUCGUCGUCUCCAGUCUCCUCCCUUCAUUGAAUUCUACGCUGUGUCCUGAGACAUAUCGACCCGCCCACGCGAAACAAGAUACACGGGCAGCGUUGAGUUGUGCAGCUCUGGGGAACUCACCAUUUCAUUUCAACAUUUAGGAAACUGCGGAAUUAAAACACCUCAGGAAUGGCGCUGGACAUCUAUGACUCUCAGUACCUGGUGAUCUUGGCCCCCUGCCUGGUCAUCGCCCUCAUCUUCCUCUUCUUCUGGCUCUUCAUGAAGGAGACCUCUUAUGACGAGGUGCUGGCCAGGCAGAAACGAGACCUCAAGCUGCCACCCUCCAAACCAGACACCCGCAAGAAGAACGACAAGAAAAAGAGCAAGAAGAAAGAGGGCAGUAGCAGAGGGGAUGGAGGAGAGUCUGAGGACGACCUGCGGGACUUUGACGUGGCUGACGCCGUGAGCAGCUUCACCGCUGAGGAGGAGGAGGAGGAGGAGCCUGCCCCUGUGGCUCCGCCUACCCCCGUUCCUGCCCAUGUGGCAGCGCCAGCCGAGGCCCCUGCAGGGGUGAGGGAGAGGAAGAAGAAGGAGAAGAAAGCCGUAAAGGCAGCUGCCGCUGCAGCCGCUCCCCCUGCCGAGGAAACUGCGUUGAACGGCUCCAAGCAAGCCAGCCACAAAGCAGAGCCCCCUGCCCCAGUGGUUAAACCCAGUCCCCCCUCACCCCAGCCUGACCCUCAACCCCCAGCCCAGGCUCAGACCCCCCCCCAGUCCUCUGGCAAGAAGAAGAAGGAGAAGAAGCAGAAGACAGAGGCUGUGGAAGAAGAGAUUAAGGUGGAGAAAGCUCCAGCUCCAGUCAAAAAGGAGGCUCCCGUGCCCGUGGAAACGAAAGCCCAGGAUGGUGCUGCCCCCCCAGCCACCACCUCAACCAGUGGCAAAAAAAAGAACUCUGCCAAGAAGCAGAAGACUGAGCAUGGCCAAGUGGAUGAUGUCCAGCCUGACUCUGCAGCUCCUGCUAACCACCAUGGUGAUGCGCCCUCCAAGGGGAGUGUCAAGAAACAGAAGAACGAGAUGGAUAAAGAGAACUCUGAGGUGAAGCUGAAGGAGCUGCUUUUGGGCCUGGGCAGUCUGGCCUUGUCACAGGCAGAGGCUGUCAGUGUGGUCACUGUGCUUAAAGAGAAGAACCCGUCUGCCCUGGACGCUUGGCAGAAGUCUGCAGCUAAGGCUGACCCCUCAUCCCUGGAGAGAGAGAGGCUCCUCACCACUCUGCAGGAGGAGGCCUCCAUCGCCAAGGACAAGGUCCAGCAGCUCAGCAAGGAGCUGCAGCAGGAGAAGCAGAAGACUGUGAGAGUGGAGGCUGUUCUGAGGGACCAGCGUGGGGCACUGGAGAAGGAGCUGAAUGUCAUGCAGGCUAAAUCCCAGGGAGAGCUCCAGGGCAUGCAGAUGAAGUUCCAGAAGCUGAGGGAGCAGCUGGAGGGUCAGAUCGCCAGGCUGCAGCAGGAGAACGGCAUCCUGAGAGACGCAGUCAGCUCUGCCACCAACCAGAUGGAGAGCAAGCAGUCGUCGGAGCUGAACCAGCUGCGCUCAGAGUACUCUGGUCUGAUGAAGGAGCUGGCGGAGAACAACAACAAGCUGCAGCAGGAGGAGCACCAGAGGAAGUCGCUGGAGGUCAACUACAAGCAGAACGUGUCUCAGCUGGAGGCUCAACUGCAGGAAGCUAAGCGCCGCUGGGACGAGCUCCAGAACUACCUCCACAAUGUCAACGCAGAGAGGGAGAAACUUCAUGCUGCUAAAGAAGAGCUGCAGAGCCAGCUGCUGGCGGUGGAGACGGAGAUGAGCAACAAGAACAAGGAGAUCCAGACGCUGCACAGCAGCCUGACCGACACCAUCGUGUCCAAGGACCAGGUGGAGCAGAAGGUGAUGCAGCUGCUGGAGGUGUCCCAGCACAGCCUGACUGACAACUCAGCGCAGGUCCAGGAUCUCCUGAAGGAAAACAGUGGCCUUCAGGCCCAGAUUAAGACUCUGCAGGCCCAGUUGAGCUCACAGGCCUCUACUGUCUCCCACUUUGAGGAGCUCCAGAAGCUGCUGGCUGAGAAGGAGCUGCAGAGGAAGAGUCUGGAGGACUCCCUGAAUGGCGAGAGGAGCAGUGGCGCCAGCAGGGAAACUAACAUGCAGGCCAUGCACAAUGAGAACAUGUCACUGAAGCUAGAGCUCCAGAAACUGCAGACUCAGAUCUCUGAACAGACUGCUUCUCAGCUGGCCUUGGACCAGUUCCAGAGGAGUUUCCAAGAGAGGGAGGAGAACAUCAAGACUGUGGAGGACCUGCUGAAGAUGGGGCUGAUUGAGGUGGCCAAUAAGGAGGAGGAAUUGAAGACUGUAAGACAAGAGAAUGAGGCUCUGAAACAAGAGAUGGAGGCUUUAAAGCAGCAGACUACUGAACAUACGAUAGUGGACGCACUACAGAGCAAGAUCCAAGAGAAAGAUGAGCAGAUUAAGUCAAUGGAGGAGAGCCUACAGACAGCACAGGCGAGUGACUCCAGCAAUGGGAUGACCAUUAAGUCUCUGGAGCAGCAGGUGGUGGGGCUGGAGCAGCUGAGACAGAAGGAGGCUGAGGACACCACCAGUGCCAGCAACCAGCUCCUAGAACUACAGACACAGCUUGCUGCUAAGGACCAGGAGAUCCAGACACUACAGAGUGAGUUGGAGGCGAGGGCCAAGGAGGUGAGCGACAAGGUGCAGGAGCUACAGCAGCAACAGCAAACCCACACAGAGGCCCCAAGCCCAGAACUGCUGACAGCAUUGGCAGAGAAGGAGAAGCAGGUGUCUGAUCUCCAGGGAGAGCUGGCUAAGCUGAGGGAGUCCCUGGAGCUUCACAGGAACAAGAACAACGAGAACCAGAAAGCCCUAGAGACAGCCCAGGCAGAGUGUCGAGAUGUUUUGCACAGACUGCUACCCAACGUGCCUCUGCCCACUGAACAUAACCACCAGGAGUGGCUGCAGAGGUUUGAGACUGCAGUGAAGGAGGCCCCAGCAGCAGAGCCCAGCCCUGCCCCUGAUGCAGCACCUGAACCAGCUGCAGCUCCAGGGGGCUCAGAGGACACCAAGAUAUUGGCUGAUAAGCUGAAGGAAUCGGAAGAGGCCCAGAAGGUUCUACAGAAAGAUUGUGAGACGUACAAGAAAGUGUUGGCUGAGACGGAGGGCAUCCUGCAGCGCCUCCAGAGCUGUGUGGAGCAGGAGGAGUCUCGCUGGAAGGUGAAACUGAAUCUGUCACAGACAGAGCUGAAAGAGAUGAGUAUGAAAGUGGCAGCACUGGAGCAGGAGGUGGACAGACUGAGCGACGGUGGGGAGUUGGUCAACUUGAGAAGAGACAAGCAGUACCUUGAGUCUGAGCUGGAGCGAGCAGAGCGCGAGAGCGCCACCUAUGGGACGGAGGUCAGCGAGCUGAAGACCCAGCUGACUGAGACUCUGUCUAAACUGGAGAGCGAGGAGAGUGAGAGGCAGAAGGUGGCUGGGGAUCUCUAUAAGGCCCAGCAGUCUCUGGACCUGAUCCAGGAGGAGAUCUGCAAAGAGACGGGCCAGGGUGACCUGAUAGAGAACAGCAACCUCUCAUCACACGAGGAGAUUGACAGGAAGGAGAAGAAGACGGCAGGCCUAAACCAAACUGUGAGGGAACUGCAGCAGCUGCUACAGGCUGUCAACCGGCAACUCACCAAGGGACAGGAGGCGGAAUCAGACUUGUCUGAAGUAUAGGGAGGGGAGGAUGGACCCUCUCUACAGAGACAACCUCUCCACCUCUACCACUCCUCUCCUAUCAUGCCCUCAUCUUCUCCUGCUACACUCCUCGCUUUCCCUUUCACCUGUACUGUAGGCAGCCUUUUGCUGACCCCCUGCCCAGCGCUGACCUAUAACCUCUGACCUCCACCUGCUCCUCCUCAGCAGGGUCAGGGAUAGACCUGGCUGGGCCCCAGAGGAGAGGGGCUCCCUUAAACUACAAACAUGCCGAACACCAAACCAGACCUUACUACUGCAAAGUCCCACCACAUUCCUCAUGAUCCCUACAGUAGCACAGCCAGAGCUAAAGGCAUCCUACACAUUCAGACUGUGUGGCAUACCCCCGUUCAGUACCCCCCUUUUUUCAAUGGAACGCUUUGAAUACAGACAUCCUAUUUCCCUGUCUAGUUUUCUUUGUCAAGAGAGCGAUGAAGUGGAUUCCUAAAUGAACUUUGGGUUCUCUGACCUUUUUUAAGUUAAAAAGGACAAAUAUAUUGUUUAAAAAUGUAACUGUUAGGACCUGCUGACUUUACACUACAAUUGUUGAUCUCUUUGACUCCUGUCCCGACAACUCAAACACGUACUGUACAUGUGUUGAUUCAUGAAACAUAGCUACUAUACAUGCAUACUUUGGCUGAGUAUUGGGAGGGAGGGCAAGAGGAUAGGAGAGGGUCCCAGCAUGUCAGACGGGUCACUAAGUAACUAACCAUGGAGAUGCAUAGAGGAAGUCUGUAAAAUGGAGAUGCAUAGAGGAAGUCUGUAAGUGCAGCGCUGGUAUGAGGGAGGCUGUGGCCCUGCCUCGCUGUGGGAGCAGAACGACAGGUCUACAGAGUUGAGGCUUUUAAUCCUUCUGUAACUACUCGAGGAAUCCCAUAUCUGUAUUCAACGCUCGCUAUAUUGUUGGUAAUUUCAUUAACACUGAAUAUUUCGUGUUUUUUUUGUAACAGGUGAUCGUUAGUAAAAGGGAUGCUUGAUAAAU